AAAGAGUCCAUUCAUCAUCACCAUAGAUAUAAAACACAUUAAAGUGUUUUAUAUCCAUGUUUUUAUUAUGACUAGAAUAGCCAGUUACUGUCAGAGAAAAUUAAGGACAGAACAAUUUAGAUUAUAUCUCAGUUCACCUGAAAGAAAGUGUUUUCUGGGUGAGUUUGUGUGUGUGAGUGUGUUUGCAUGUGUGUGUACGCCCCUCCUCCCUUCACCUCGUCCGCUCAGUGGAAGUCACAGACAGUUUAUUAUUGAGUGUUGGAGCUCAGGAGGAUCCGCUGCCCACCGGGGACAGAGAAACGCGCACCGGGAGCCUCGACGCACACACAAAAUGACCGUAGAGAGAUUAUUCGACGAGCUCGGACAUUUCAAAAGAUUUCAGGCAUGUCUGUACUUCGCAGCAGUCUUCCAGGCCGUAGCCUGUGGGAUCCACUACCUGGCUUCUGUCUUCUUAGUGCAGACGCCAAACUUUGUGUGCAGCGUGCCCGGCAACAUCACCGAUGUCCUGUACGGUAACCUGACGGGAUCUAGCCUGGAAGACAUCCUGCCGCUCUUCAAGGCGGGGACUGGGCCCUUGGUGGUGAGGACGGCAGAGGGAGAUCAGUGGGAGCUCAGCCGGUGCCGCCGCGCCCUGCGCAUCGACCCACAAUACUUUACGUACGACUUUGAUGGCAACAAAACGGGGAAAGCCUGCGAUGGGAACUUUGUUUACGACCUCACUGAAGUUCACCAAAGCAUAGUGACGGACUGGGACUUGGUGUGUGAGAGAGAGUGGCUGGCCAAGCUGUGCCAGCCCACCUUCAUGCUGGGGGUGCUGAUCGGCGCGCUGGUGUUUGGGGACAUUGCUGACAGAGUUGGUCGUGUGAGGAUCCUGAUGUUCACCAGCCUCUGUCAGUUUAUACUCGGGGUGUCUGUUGCGUUCUCUGGGAACUACUAUUUCUUUGUGGUGCUCCGCUUCCUCCUUGCCAUGGUGUCCAGUGGCUACCUCGUGGUGGUGUUUGUCUACGUCACAGAGUUCACUGGGAUCAAGGUACGCACGUGGACCUCUAUGCACGUGCACGCGGCCUUCGCUGUCGGCAUCAUGGUGGUGGCUCUGACCGGUUACCUGGUGCGGGUCUGGUGGAUCUACCAGAUCAUCCUCUCCACAUGCACCUCGCCCUUCCUGUUCUGCUGCUGGAAGUUCCCCGAGACGCCCUUUUAUUUGCUCGCCAAGGGCCGUUACAAGGACGCUCAGACCCUGGUGGACAAGAUUGCCCGCUUCAACGGCCUUGAAUGCCGGCUGAAGGUGCAGGAGCUCCUGGAGCCGGAGGAGAAAGAGAACGGCAAAGCUCUGCUGGAGGAGGCAGCAGACCGGCCGCCGCAGUCCGAGAAGAAGCUCUCCAUCCUGGAUCUGUUCGGCAGCUGGAGGAUGGCUGGCCGCACAUGUACAGUGUGGGCCAUCUGGUUCAUCGGCAGCCUGGGCUACUACGUCUUCUCUUUGGGCUCAGUCAACCUAGGAGGAAACCAGUACGUUAACCUCUUCCUUGCUGGUGCAGUGGAGAUCCCCUCGUAUCUGGUUGGCUGCUUUGCGAUGGACCGGAUUGGCAGGAAGAAGACUUGCGCCCCAGCUUUGAUCCUGGCCGGGGUUGCUUGUAUGCUCAUCAUUGUGGUACCUGCUGAUAUCGAGGCACUGGCUAUCGCUCUCGCUAUGACAGGGAAGUUUGCCAUCGCCAUUGCCUUUGGUCUCAUCUACCUGUACACCUGUGAGCUUUACCCAACCAUCAUCAGGUCUCUGGCAGUGGGUAGCGGAAGUAUGAUGUGCCGUGUCGGCAGUGUUGUGGCCCCUUUCUGCGUGUACCUGGCUGAUGUCUGGAUCUACCUACCUCAGCUCAUCGUGGGAAUCCUGGCGUUCAUUAUCGGAGUGCUGACAUUGUUGUUGCCUGAGACCCUGGGCAAACCUCUAACAAGUACUUUGGAAGAGGCUGAAGCUCUGGGACGCGAGCCCAGCAAGAAGAACGCAGCCCUGGGCAAUAAAGAUGCUGAGGAUGGGUUGGAGAUGAACCACCAUGAAGCCAAGGCCUGAGUUUACCCUGCUGGAAAACCAGAGACACUGAUGCACAGAGAAGCUUUGGGGGGGGAAAAAUGAAAGAAAAGAGUGAGUAGGGGACGGCUGCCAAAAACUGAAAUAGUAACAUCAUUGAUUUAGUGGAUUGUUGAAAAGAAAUUUAGCAGAAAUGAUGUGUUUGUUGACAUUUAUUUCUACAAAAUGACCAACGGAAAAGUACUUUAAGGGUCCUGAGACAUUACACAAACCCUUCGGCAUGCAUACAGAUCACAGUACUGUAACAAUCAGUCACAGAUACAGUGCAAUCACAGCAGUCCAUGAAUUUGCUGAUGAAGGAAAUCAUGUGCUAUGUGUGUGUAAUGUAUGUAUGUGUGUGUGUGUGUGUGUGUGUGUGUGUGUGUGUGUGUGUGUGAAAACAUGAAGGAUAUUAAAGGAUCAUUUCUGUUUAUGACAACUUCAGUCUUAGUUGUGUAGUUUUGUCCAAACACCAGCACUUAGGUGAUCAAACAAGUUGUAUCCAAACUUCAGUAGGUCAAAGCUAAACCAGAAAAUGUGAUGAAUGUUUACAAUGGACAGUUUGGGUGAUGAUUUUACUGUUUGCUUUUGUUUUUUCUCUUUCAAAUUAGUUCAGCUAGCCUGUUUUUUCUCUAAAUGUGUAUGAUCUCAGCAAUUCACUUUGUGAAUCCAACGAUGUUAAUAAGACAGAUUGACAAAACUGCAAAAAUAAGACUCAAGUUGAACUAAACUGGAAGUGACCUCUCUGAAAAAGUAAUCAUAAGUGUACCUCUCUGUCUGGAACAUAUAGUAUUAAAGCAUACAUAUUUUUAUGUUAUUCUAAACUCACAAUGCAUUUUUCAUAACUCCUUUUUUGUUUGUUUUAAAUCUCAGGGCAUCCAGUUUUGGAUAUCACUGUGAAAUGAUCCUAAAUGUAGCUUUUACUUUUUACACUCAGUUUGACAGUAUCCUCAAUUCCAUCUUGUUUAAGAUGCCAGUGUUUAGCUUUAACUCUAUCUAAUGUGAGUGUGUGUGCGUGUGUGUCUGUGUGCAUGCAUGUGUGUGUGUUAGUAAGUAAAAAAGUUGGUGUCCUAGUUUUCUACAUGCUUAUCCUGUGUAUGCAAUCUAGAUGCUGCACAUACUGAAGGACAUGUAUAUAGAGUAAUGCUACAUUACAUAAUGUUCAAGAGUCGGGAUGUGAUCUCCAGAUGUUUGGACCAAAGACAGGAAGGAACCACAACAGUGUGGAGAUGUAUUCACCUGCUUUGCAAUACUGUAGUAUACUAGCAUGUUUUUGAAUGAAAACAAAUCAUGACAAUCAAUAUCCUAAUAGUAAGGACAUUUGAUCACCAGGUGAUGAAAGUGCUCAGGUUCUAUUCUGAACAGUUUUACAAUCAACAGUAUGAAUAGUCUCUUUGUUUUAUUUCAUUAUGGACAAAUAAAUAAAAUGGUUAACACUGAG